GCCCCUCACAUCACCGGAUGGAUCCAGUAAUGGGAACCCACCAGAGAGAUGUCCCUGUUCUCUGUAUUCCCGGGACUCCACACAGGAACAUCAGGAGAUCCCUCAGGAGGAUCAGCAGCUUCUAGAGGACUAUUCUGCUGUUGACCUUAUUAAGGUUGAAGUAAAGGAAGAAGAAGAAGACGAUGAUUUGUAUAUGACGGGGGAUGAGCUGCACACUGAGGAGGGAAUCCCCCCAGAGAUCAGCCCAGAUGGGCCCGACUCCGGAACUACGUUUCCCUUUAUCUAUUCCGGCCUCAAUUCGAUUGAUGACGAAAUCGCCCAAAGUCCUCAAGCUGGAAGAUUUCUGUCCCCGAGCUCUAAUGCUUGGUGUCGCAAUGCAUCCAAUCUUUUGAAUUCCGUUGAUCAUUUCACCAGCGACUCCAGAGCACGUCAGAGUGGAAUACUUGGCCAAGAUGUGACCAUUACCCCAUCCAACUUUACCACCAGGUCUCACUAUCCACCCAAACCAUCCUUUUUCUUAAGCAACCUUACUGCGGACCCAAAAAUGCUCCGAACUGGCCAAGAAGAGACCAUCACCCAUUCCAGGUGUAACAUCAGGCAUCAUGGUUCAACCAGACAACUAAAGAUCUCCAAGGAAGCGAAGAAUGCUGCAGUUGAAUCCAUGACGAGCCAAAUCGGCGAAGCUGCCGAAGAGGAGACCAUUGUUCCCUCAGACUUCCACUGGAGUCAUCAGAUUUCGUCUAGACUAACCGACUCCUUGAAGGACAUAGAACUUUUUUCCGACAACGCCAAAGAGCACCAGACAUGUCUGGAGGCGGAUCUUCCUGCCCCCCUGGGUAAAAAACGCUUUAAAUGCGAGGAAUGCGGUAAGUCAUUAACCCGAAAGGAGAACUUGGUUUCUCACCAGCGCAUUCACUCAGGAGAGAAACCUUUUUCGUGUGCCGAAUGCGGCAAGGCGUUUAAGAAGAGCUCACACCUUUUAAAACAUAGGCAGGUCCACACGGGGGAGAAGCCCUACUGCUGCUCUGAAUGCGGCAAAAGCUUUGCCUGGAAGGGCGACUUCGUCGUCCACCAGCGUAUUCACACCGGGCUGAAGCCAUAUGUCUGUACGGAGUGCGGGAAGGGGUUCUCCAUCAAGUCGUAUUUGGUGAAGCACCUGAGAACGCACACAGGAGAGCGUCCUUACGCGUGCUCUGAUUGCGGGAAGUCCUUUGGUUCUCGGUCCAACGUCUUGCUACAUCGGAAGGUCCAUUCGGGGCAGAAGCCAUUUACCUGUUCGGAGUGCGGCAAGAACUUCACCUGGAAGUCAGAGAUGUUGAGCCACCAACGAGUUCACACCGGUGAGAAGCCCUAUUCUUGCCCCGAGUGCGGAAAGAGUUUCUCCAGUCAGUCGUAUUAUACCAAGCACCUCAGAAUCCACACCGGCGAAAAGCCUUACCCGUGCACAGAGUGCGGCAAGCGCUUCUACACUAGCUCCAACCUAACCAUUCAUCAGAGGAGUCACACGGGGCUGAAGCCGUACACCUGCGAGGACUGCGGACAGACUUUUACCUGGAAGGCUGACUUGGUGAAACAUCGGAGGUGGCACACGGGCGAGAAGCCGUUCCAGUGUCCGGAGUGCAAGAUAGGUUUUACCACAAAGUCCGAACUGAACGGCCAUUGGAAAAUCCAUACAGGGGAAAAACCGUAUUCCUGCGCGGAGUGUGGGAAGGCCUUCAUCCAGAUGGGCCGCCUCCUCAGGCACCAGCUGAAACAUGCCAAGAUUGAAGGAAAUUAUGGACCCAUACAUAAGUCUGGUGAUGCCCAACCUCCAUCCCUGACACCCGAGAGAUCCGAUGACAAGAAAAUUUUGGAAGUCACCAAUGAGAUCAUAGAGCUGCUGACAGGAGAGGAGGAGGAUCUAAACAUCGUGUUUCUGGAAGUUGAUCACCACGAUACGGAGGAAGCCGAUUAUAAAAUCAAAGAGGAGGAUGUUCCUGUGGAGAUCAGCACAGAUGGACAGUACCGCACCGUAUCUACAUCCCCACCGCCGCUUCUUGCAACCCCUCCAGACACUGAGAUAAAAGACGAGGGCCCUCCUGCAAAGUCUGCAGCAAAGCACACUGUCAUCCCAAAACGCCAUUCGACACUCCGCAGCCCAGCCCUGCCCCCAUCUCCCUCUACGCACAGCAGCAAUGCCGUCAGCCACUCCGAUCCCCCCCCUUCUAACCGAGUGGAAGGGCGGUUCCCUUGUCCGGACUGUGGAAAAUCAUUCAACUACAGAGCCAAGCUCCUCUCGCAUCAGAUAACGCACACGCACGAGAAAGCAUUUUCCUGCGAUGAAUGCGGCAGGCGGUUUGCGCACAAAACAAGCCUUUUAGACCAUCAAAAAAUCCAUACUGGGGAAAAGCCUUAUUCUUGUACCUUCUGCGGGAAAAGCUUCAUUCAAAAGUCCAAGAUGACCCGUCACCAACGCAUCCAUACUGGGGAGAGACCCUACUCAUGUGCGGAGUGCGGCCGGUGUUUCGCCUAUAGGUCAAACCUCAUCGAGCAUCAGCGGAUCCACACGGGCGAGAUGUUGUACCCUUGCGCCGAAUGCGGCAAGUGCUUCACACACAAGACGAAGGUCAUCGCGCAUCAGAAAGUCCAUUCGGGAGAGAAGCCAUACUCCUGUUCCGACUGCGGGAAGAACUUCGGCCACAAGUUCAAUCUCCUGGAACAUCAGAAGACUCACACAGGGGAAAAGCCCUUCGAGUGCACGCUCUGCGGCAAGUUCUUUGCACGUAAAUCAAACCUUGUUGAGCACCAGAAAGUUCACACGGGGGAAAAACCCUUCCCUUGCGUUCAGUGUGGCCAGAGGUUCGCACACCGAUCAACUCUUGUGAAGCAUCAGAGCACGCACAAGAUGGAUGAGACUUCAACCGAGAAGGUACUUCGGCACAAACCACUUGGGUUACAGACUUUGCCAUCGGUAGACAAACAAGGACCUUCGGAGAAGGCACUUCGGCACAAACCACUUGGGUUACAGACUUUGCCAUCGGUAGACAAACAAGGACCUUCGGAGAAGGCACUUCGGCACAAACCACUUGGGUUACAGACUUUGCCAUCGGUAGACAAACAAGGACCUUCGGAGAAGGCACUUCGGCACAAACCACUUGGGUUACAGACUUUGCCAUCGGUAGACAAACAAGGACCUUCGGAGAAGGCACUUCGGCACAAACCACUUGGGUUACAGACUUUGCCAUCGGUAGACAAACAAGGACCUUCGGAGAAGGCACUUCGGCACAAACCACUUGUGCGACAGACUUUGCCAUUGAUCAUCCUCAGUUCUUGCACCUUCAUACCUCAGAUCAUCCUCAUUUCCUGCACCUUCACAUCUCAGAUCAGACCCAAUUCCUAUACCAUAUACCCCUCAGAUCAGCUUCCAUUCCUGCAUCUUCACACUUCAGAUCAUCCUCAGUUCCUGCACCUUCACACCUCAGAUCAGACCCAGUUUUUACACCAUAUCAUCCUCAUUUCCUGCACCUUUAUACCUCAGAUCAGUCUUAGUUCCUGCACCAUCACACCUCAGAUUAUCCUCAGUUCCUGCACUAUCACACCUCAGAUCAUCCUCAGUUCCUGCACCUUCACACCUCAGAACAUCCUGAGUCCCUUCACCUUCAUGCCUCAGAUCAGCCACAAUUCCUACAAUGUUUGUGGAAAAGAACGAAAAUUCUUUUUAACCGGUUGUUUCUUAGCCGGGAAAGCCUUCUUUUUGUCGGCUGUUCUAUCCAGAAUUUUUUCAAGAUCUGGUCCAAACAGUAAGUCCCCUGAGAAGGGUAACCCGCAGAGUCUGACUUUAGAGGCUGUGUCCCCUGUCCAGGUUUUCAGCCAUACUGCACGUCUGGCUGAGUUCACCAGGGCAGAGGAUCUAGCUGACAACUUGAUUGAUUCAGCUGACGCAUCAGCCAUGUACCUGAUUGAUUUUAGAAUCAAUGGAAAGGAUUCCAAGAUAUCCUUCCUUGGUGUACCAGCUUCAACAUGGUUCAUCAGCUUUUCCACCCAACACUCCAAGUUUCUUGCCACCACUGUGGAGGCCAUUGCAGGUUUUAGACUAAGAGAAGUAGAGUCCCAGGCUUUCUUUAACAGGGAGUCCGCUCUUUUGUCCAUGGGAUCUUUUAGUAUCCCCAUGUCUUCGAACGCAAGAUCCGUGCGUCGAGACACCUGGGAAAAAGCAGCAUCAACUUUUGGCUUUUUAUUCCAGGCUUCAGAGUCUUUAUCUUCAAAGGGAAAUCUUUUCCUUAGACUUUUAGAAAAGAAGGGGCCCCUUUCUGGAUCUUUCCACUCUUUUCUUAUAGUAUCUGAUACUACCUUGUGCACUGGAAAAACCUUAUUUAGUGACUCACCUACUUUCAGCGAAGGGGACCUUCAACUGACUUUCAAUGGGCCCUCAACUGACUCAAUGGACCCCCAACAGACUCAAUGGACCCCCAACAGACUCAAUGGACCCCCAACAGACUCAAUGGACCCCCAACAGACUCAAUGGACCCCCAACAGACUCAAUGGACCCCCAACAGACUCAAUGGACCCCCAACAGACUCAAUGGACCCCCAACAGACUCAAUGGACCCCCAACAGACUCAAUGGACCCCCAACAGACUCAAUGGACCCUCAACAGACUCAAUGGACCCUCAACAGACUCAAUGGACCCUCAACAGACUCAAUGGACCCUCAACAGACUCAAUGGACCCCCAACAGACUCAAUGGACCCCCAACAGACUCAAUGGACCCCCAACAGACUCAAUGGACCCCCAACAGACUCAAUGGACCCUCAACAGACUCAAUGGACCCUCAACAGACUCAAUGGACCCUCAACAGACUCAAUGGACCCUCAACAGACUCAAUGGACCCCCAACAGACUCAAUGGACCCCCAACAGACUCAAUGGACCCCCAACAGACUCAAUGGACCCCCAACAGACUCAAUGGACCCUCAACAGACUCAAUGGACCCCCAACAGACUCAAUGGACCCCCAACAGACUCAAUGGACCCUCAACAGACUCAAUGGACCCUCAACAGACUCAAUGGACCCUCAACAGACUCAAUAUUAUAUUAUAUUAUACGUCAUACCAUACACUGAAUAAGGACGUUCACCUGUGUGACUCCUUUGGUGUACAAGGAGAGUACUUUUCUGAGCAAAACAUUUCCCGCACUCUGAACAGGAAUAAGGACGUUCACCUGUGUGACUCCUUUGGUGUACAAGGAGAGUACUUUUCUGAGCAAAACAUUUCUCGCACUCGGAACAGGAAUAAGGACGUUCACCUGUGUGACUCCUUUGGUGUACAAGAAGAGUUCUUUUCUGAGCAAAACAUUUCUCGCACUCGGAACAGGAAUAAGGACGUUCACCUGUGUGACUCCUUUGGUAAGAUGACUUUUCUGAGCGAAACAUUUCUCGCACUCGGAACAGGAAUAAGGAUGUUCACCUGUGUGACUCCUUUGGUGUUUAAGAAGAUGACUUUUCUGAGCAAAACAUUUCUCGCACUCGGAACAGGAAUAAGAACGUUCACCUGUGUGACUCCUUUGGUGUACAAGGAGAGUUCUUUUCAGAGCGAAACAUUUCUCGCACUCGGAACAGGAAUAAGGACGUUCAUCUGUGUGACUCCUUUGGUGUAUAAGAAGAUGACCUUUCUGAGCGAAACAUUUCUCGCACUCGGAACAGGAAUAAGGACGUUCACCUGUGUGACUCCUUUGGUGUACAAGAAGAGUUCUUUUCUGAGCAAAACAUUUCCCGCACUCGGAACAGGAAUAAGGACGUUCACCUGUGUGACUCCUUUGGUGUACAAGAAGAGUUCUUUUCUGAGCAAAACAUUUCCCGCACUCGGAACAGGAAUAAGAACGUUCACCUGUGUGACUCCUUUGGUGUAUAAGAAGAUGACUUUUCAGAGCGAAACAUUUCUCGCACUCGGAACAGGAAUAAGGACGUUCACCUGUGUGACUCCUUUGGUGUAUAAGAAGAUGACUUUUCUGAGCGAAACAUUUCUCGCACUCGGAACAGGAAUAAGGACGUUCACCUGUGUGACUCCUUUGGUGUACAAGGAGAGUACUUUUCAGAGCAAAACAUUUCUCGCACUCGGAACAGGAAUAAGGACGUUCACCUGUGUGACUCCUUUGGUGUUUAAGAAGAUUACUUUUCUGAGCGAAACAUUUCCCGCACUCGGAACAGGAAUAGGGACGUUCACCUGUGUGACUCCUUUGGUGUAUAAGAAGAGUACUUUUCUGAGCAAACCAUUUCCCGCACUCGGAACAGGAAUAAGGACGUUCACCUGUGUGACUCCUUUGGUGCAUAAGAAGAUUACUUUUCAGAGCGAAACAUUUCUCGCACUCGGAACAGGAAUAAGGACGUUCACCUGUGUGACUCCUUUGGUGUAUAAGAAGAUGACUUUUCUGAGCAAAACAUAUCUCGCACUCGGAACAGGAGUAGGGACGCUCACCCGUGUGAAUUCUCUGCUCUCCCGGCAUGCUCCGGGUGGCUCGGUGUUGGUACAGAGAGGGCGGGGGGAAGAAGAGGGAGGAGGAAGGAAGGUACGGGGCCCGGGAGGGAAGAUCGGCCCCCGAGUACCUGUCUACACCACCGGGGGCCCCUCCAGAGACAAGAUGGAGAAGAGCCGGGGUCACGUGACCAAAAGGAUAAUAAGUUUGACCCUGGAGAUCAUCUACCUGCUGACCGGAGAGGAUUACGGACCCAUAAAGAAGGAUUCAGGUGAUCAUGUGACAUCACACAGCCCUCCUUGCGUGUCUGAAAUAGGAAGCAGCUCUCGGAGCCCCACUAUGGACCCCCCACCUUCAUCUUGGACACCAGAGAGGAACCGGAAGAAGAUCCUGGAAGUCACCCAGAAGAUCAUUGAUCUGCUGACAGGAGAGGAACAGGAUAACGAACUCCAUCAUGGCUUCACGGUGGAGGCAUCCACGUCCAUGAGAUCUUCCGAUGGAUCCAAUCACAGUAAUUGUCCGUGGAGCGAGGAGUUCGGUGAUGUAAAAGAGGAGGAGGAGGAGGAUGACUAUGGCAGCCCUGUGGAUGACGAGUGGGAAGAUUUGGUUGACCUGAAAGAAGACAGAGAAGAAGUCCUCAUCAAGGUGAAGGUGGAGAACGUCGGUGAAGAUGAGUCCGGGAACUUUGGUUCUGAGAAAAGUCCAAGUCCCACAUCUACCGGAUGCUGUAAAGAAGAGGAAGAGGACGUCCCUAUAGACUUUAAGGAGAAAGAAAUGAAUACCGUCCCACAGUCAGAAGAUGAGACGCCAGUGAAAGCGGAGGAAGUCGAAAUGGGUCCAGAUGGUGGUAUCACAGAAAGUUUAAAACCAUCGGACACCCCUAGCAUGAGGCGUGGCCAAGGCUCUCCCGGCAUUGCGCCCAUCGUUGAGAACGCACCUGCAACACACAUGCCGCCCAUUCCCGAACCAAUGCAAGGCGGCUUCUUCAGCAACUUGGACAAGACUCGGCGCAACACCACCAAAAAUUCCUUUAUAUGUAGCGAGUGCGGGGAUAGCUUUGCCACCAGGGCCCAGCUCUUAGCCCACCACAGGGCACACAUGGGGGAGAAGCCCUUUGUUUGCUCUGAGUGCGGCAAAGGCUUCACCCGUAACACCAUCUUGGUGGAACACAUGCGGCUGCACACGGGGGAGAAACCUUACUCUUGUUCCGAGUGCGGGCAGAGUUUCAUCAGCAACGGCCAACGCAUCCGGCACGAGCGGCUUCACUCAGGCCAGAAGCCUUACAUAUGCAACGUGUGCGGCAAAGGGUUCACCCGCAACACCAUCCUGAUUGAGCACAUGCGCAUUCACACCGGGGAGAAGCCCUACGCAUGCGUGGAGUGCGGCAAACGGUUCACCACCAACUCCCAGCUUGUCAAGCACAUCAAGUACCACCGCGACGAGAAGCCUCACGUCUGUUCGCACUGCGGCAAACGGUUCAUCAGCAAUGGACUGUUGGUUAUACACCAGCGGAUUCACACAGGCGAGAAGCCUUUUGUUUGCCAGGAAUGUGGGAAGGCCUUCGCCCGAAACGCCAUCCUCCAGGAGCACAUGAGAAUUCAUUCCGGAGAACGGCCUUUUGAAUGUAAAGAGUGCGGGAAACGUUUUGCCAGUAACUCGCACCUGGCCAAACACCUGAAGAACCACACCGGAGACAAGCCCCAUGCCUGCCCUGAGUGCGGGAAGCGGUUCAUGUGCAACGCCCUGCUUGUCAUUCACUAUCGAACCCACACCGGGGAGAAGCCAUUUGUGUGCAAUGACUGUGGGAAAUGUUUUGCCAAGAAAGGCAGCCUGGUGACUCAUCAGAGGAUUCACACUGGGGAAAAACUUUUUACCUGUAACGAGUGUGGGAAGGGUUUCACUCAGGGUUCCGAUCUGGUUUCCCACCAGCGGAUCCACACGGGGGAAAAGCCCUUUGUCUGUAACGAGUGUGGGAAGUGUUUCGCUCAGAACUCACAACUUUCCGUCCACCAGAAGAACCACAGGGGUGAAAAGCCGCACACUUGCACCAUCUGCAAAAAGAGCUUCACCACUAAGGGAAGCCUCACCGCCCACCUUAAAGUACAUACUGGUGAGAAACUCUUUACCUGCCCAAUUUGCGACAAGGGCUUCACUAGUAACUCUAAGGUGACUAUUCACCAGAGAUCUCACACAGGAGAGAAGCCUUUUAUCUGUACAGAAUGUGGCAAAGGUUUUGUCAGCAAUUCAGUCCUCGUGGCUCAUAGGAAACUUCACGAGGCCAAAAAUGUGUAACUUUUUUAACGCUGGUCAUAAAGACAGAACAAUGUUUUUAGAAUGUAAUAGUAUUGCCACAUAUUAAGCAGUUUUAGGUCACGCUUCUUGAAAAUGGGGUGUGAUUAAAGGCCAUGGCUGUACCACAAAUAGGGUGUGAUUGAAGCCCAUUGCUGUACCACAAGUAGGGUGUGAUUGAAGCCCAUUGCUGUACCACAAGUAGG